AUGGCAGCGUCCCUCCCCCCCGACCCGUACGCCGCUCUAGGCGUCGCCAAAGAUGCCGGCACCGCCGAGAUCAGAUCCGCAUACCGGAAACUCGUCCUCAAAUGUCACCCCGACAAGAUCAAGGAUGAAUCGCUGCGCGGCAAGGCACAAGAUGAGUUCCAAAAAGUCCAGGAAGCAUACGAGCUCCUCUCCGACGAGGUAAAACGAGCGCGAUACGAUCAAAAGGCGCGUCUGGUCGAGUUGAGGAAGGAGGCGAUGGAGAAGGGAGGCCCCGUGCCGUCAUUCGGCCAUCGCACCACGGGAUCGUACGAUAUUCGAAACGGGAAGGUGUAUGAAGAGCGAGUGCCCCAGUUCUUCGAAGACGACCCCGCCUAUGCGGAAGAGCUCUGGGCGAGCUCGAAAAAGUAUGAGGGGCCCGAGAAACGGUCGACCACAAAGGACGCAGAGGAGAAGAAGAAGAAGAGCAAGCAUCCAGAGUCAAAACGCGAGCCACCCAAAGAACGGACCCGCGACGGCCAGAGCAGGGAACGUCGACGAGAAUUCUCCGACAAGUACAGCCGUACCGCUGACUAUGACUCUGAUUCCGAUGCAUCGUGCUCUUAUCGCUACGACUUUCCGGAGCCGAAAGUGAAGCGCGAGUCUCACUCCAAAAGUCCAGGGCCGGACACGUCGCCCAGGGGAUACCCUGAUCCGUGGGAAUCGUCCAAGCAUGACUACCUUCAGGACACCGCCCGUCAGUACAUCGAACGGUCCAGGAACAACCUCGCUCCCGAGCCUGAGCGUCGCCCUUCUGCGUCGUCCUGGCCGUUUCAAAUGCACCACGAGCCAGUGCACGUUGAUACUCCUCGCCGUUCGUCCGCCCGACCUCGACCGCGUGAGCGCAGACCCUCCAUCGAAAUCAUUGAUCCCUCGUCAUUACGAUCGCACGCCGCCCGCAAGAUCCCCAACCUGACAAGCGCAACCUCUGCGCCGCCCACGAUCAAAAUCCCAUCUGCCAUCAGGAUCUCUCCCGCGCCGCCAACCCGGUCGUCAACAUAUCAUGCUCGAGAAAAGCGUGAUCAUCCUCCCAUCCGCCGUGCGGAUACCCUGCCGAGCAUCAUCCCUCGCCAGGCAGAUCCGAUCAUGCCGAAAUCAUCAAAACUCAAAGACUUGUACGACUCGGGAUAUUCCAGUUCCAGCCCGGCUACGCCAAAGAUCUUUCAGUCGAGUCCACCCAAGAGCAGCAAGUAUAUGGUCGUCGAGGAAAAUGAUGACUACACAAGGCAUCGAGCUGUGUUGAUCGACCCAACCGUUCCCACCCACCGGCGCAGCCACAGCACCUCGCCCGCUCUACGCGAUCCGAUACCCAUUAUACGCCCACCCCCAAAACAGUCAUCGAGAUCAAAGUCCCGUGAUUUUCACUCCCGUCGUGAGUCUGGGCGCGGUAUUCCCACUUUGCGAACAAGCCGAGACGGCUUGCUCAGCGAACUCUCUGACGAUUAUUACCCGCGCAUUCCAGAAGAACCCGUUAGAUACGCCCCGCCCAGAAUUCGACAAGAGGACGUGUCCUGGGGGCAUUCCCGAGAUCCAUUUCCUCGAUCGCACAAACCGGAUGCUCGCCCCAGCAUAAUCAGAAAGGAAUCAUCUUGUGCAUAUUAG